AUGAAUUUAUUAUUUAUAAUAAGUAUUCUAUUUUUUUUAUUAUUUUCAAAUAUAAUUCUAUUACCAUUACCAUUAAAUCAAUAUGCUUAUAUGCUUGCACGAGAAAGAAUUAAACAAUAUGAUCGAGGUGUACAAGCUCAAAAUAAUUUAACUUCAAAAGAAAAAGUUGUUAAUUUAUAUUUGGAAUUAUUACAAGCUAAUGAUUAUAUGAAUACAAAAAAUUAUUUUUAUCCAUCACGUCCAAUUGAAAAAGUAUUUGAAAAUAUAACAAAAAGUUCAUUAUAUCAAUUUUUAAUAUCAUUACCUAAAGGAGGAAAUUUACAUAUACAUGAAUCACAAGUUCUCGAUCGAAAAUUAUUACUUGAACAUAUAAUGAAUUCUUCUGAAUAUGAUUUUUUAUAUAUUUGUGAUCAAGAUAAUUGUACAACAAAUAAAUAUUAUUUAAAUUAUUUUAAAAGUAAUCCAUCUUCUGAAUGGACUAAAGUCAAAGGUUCGAAUUGGACUAUACCAGAAAUUCUUAAAAGAACAACAUUAACUGGAAUUUUAAAUAAUCUUGAAACACCAAUAUAUGCUACUGAUACGGAAGGUCGAUGGCAUACAGCUGCUGAAUAUGGAGUUUUUGAUUUUUAUGGAGAUUUAGUUAAAUAUAAUGUUACAAGAUUUAAUUAUAUGAAAUUAGUUUUAGAUCAAGCACUUGAAGAAAAUAUUCAAUUAUUAGAAUUUCGACGAGGACUUUUUGGAAGUUUAUAUUAUUUAACUGAAAAUAAUACAAAAAUAUUAAUAAAUCCAACGGAAGAAUUAGAUUUAUUAUUAAAAUUUAAAAAAGAAUAUAUAUCAAAAAAUCCUAAAUUAAUUGAUUUUAUAUUUGUAAUUUAUAGUUCAAGAAAUUUACUAAAAGAACAAAUAAAAACUCAUCUUAAUAAUAUAAUUAAUCUUCAUCGUUUAUAUCCUGAUUUUAUUCGUGGAUAUGAUAUGGUUGGUGAAGAAGAUCAAGGUCAUACGCUUUUAUUUCAUAGUGAUACUCUUAUUAAUGCAUUUAAUUAUACAAGUACAAGUAAUGGAUCAUUUAAUUUUCUUUUUCAUUCUGGUGAAACAAAUUGGCCUGAAAAUCAUAUUCCAUCAGUUCCUGAUGAUAGUGUAUCAGCAUUUGAAAAUAUUUAUGAUGCACUUGUAUUUCGAACUCAUCGUAUUGGUCAUGGACUUAGUUUAACUAAACGUCCAGAUUUAUAUCAAUAUAUUCGUCAACGUCAAAUAGCUAUUGAAAUUUGUCCAGCAAGUAAUCAAAUAUUAGGUUAUGUUGCUGAUCUUCGUAAUCAUCCAGGAAUUGUUUAUCAUCGAAGUGGUAUUCCAAUUGUAUUAUCUGGUGAUGAUCCAGGAAGUUUUGGUUAUAAUACAUUAACAGUAGAUUUUUAUUUGGCAACUAUGGCAUGGGGUUUAAAUCUUGCUGAUUUAAAGCAAUUUGCUUGGAAUUCUAUUCAAUAUAGUUCACUUCCAAAUAAUCGAAAAAUAGAAGGAUUACAAAAAUGGCAAAAUGAAUGGAAUCUAUUUAUUGAUAAUUCAUAUAAUAUAGCAUGUAAUCAAACAUAUCCUAAUUUAACUAUGAAUAUAUCUCAAAUAUUACCUGCAUAUGGUCCAACUAAUCGAUCUAUUAAUGUAACAGUUUUUGGUUUUGGAUUUGAAAUAGCCAUAUGUAAAAAAAUUAUUUGUAAAUUUGGUGAAAAAGAAACGAAUGGAACAUUUAUUGAUUUAAAUGAAAUUGUAUGUCCAACACCAUUGAAUAAUAGUGAUCUUUCAACUGUAUCGAUUUCAAUUGUAAUUGAUAAUAAAAUUUUUCCUGCAGGAUAUGAUUAUAAAUUUAUUUCAUCGUUAUCAGUUAUCGAUGAUGAAAGUUUACCACCAUUAAUUCCAUCAAAAAGUGAUAAAUUCGUGAUUGUCAAUCAAAAAUUAAUUAUUACUUUAUUAAUAUUACUUUUUACAUUUAUAAUAUAG